AUGUUGACGACUCGACGACAGAUGAGACUUGUGAACCUCCAUCGAGCGAAGAGGGAGCAAGCAGGCGUGAAUACUGCUGCUGCUCCCUUCGGCCCACAGCCGGGUCAGCGCGCUGGAAAUCGAAACGGCACGUCUCCUGGUGAAGAGGUGCCCCAUUUCGACCAAGCUCUGGAAAGACAGACGCCGGUAUCUGGAGCCGGUAUGACCAACGGACUCCUGCCCCCAUCAACACCGAACAACAACUCAAUGACUGCGCCCUCUUCAUUUUCCAUGCUAUCCAUGAAUGGCGGUGGAGCAGCUAUGAGCACCGAUCUCUUUAGUAUGGACUUUAUCAACAGUGUGGCAAACACACUCGAGGAUUUUGAUACGAGCAUAUUCCGACCGGAUGGAGACAUCACUUUUGAGAGGGACUUCCAGCGGUGGUUUAACGGAGACGAUGCUAUGGACGGGGGACUGUUAUAG